AUGCGCCUCUCCGCCCUCUCCUCCGUCCUCUUCCUCCUCCCCUCGCUCGCCUCGGCAACCUACUUCACCAACCCGACAACCUCGACAGUGUGGGCCGAUGCGGCGGGGCAGCCCAUCACAUGGCACUACCAGCCUGGUGGAGCACCGAGGGGCGACAUCGUCUUGUCGGCGGUGGGAGGGUCGGGGACGAACCCCAAGAACUCGAAUUCGCUUACGAUCGCUCAGAACGUUGACCUGACGAGCGAGAGCUUGACGUUCCCGAGCGGUACAGCACUGCGGAGCAACUCGAGGCAAUACAUCCUCGCAAUCGUCAACUCUGCUAACCCGACAGACGUCUACACCCAAGUCGGGCCAUUCGAGAUCGACGGCUUCGGCGCCGCCUCAUCUCCCUCGUCGCCCUCCUCUAGCAACGGUUCAGGCGGAGCAGUCGGGAACGGAAGCGGCCAGGACGCGACAGCGACAAAUCCGCCCGUCUCGUCUGCGAGCCCGACUCCGAGCGCUACUCCUUCAUCCACCACCACCUCCAGCUCCUCUUCAGCGUCGUCCUCAACAAGCACCCACGACCCCAUCACUGCGACUGUCAUCGAAACCGCCUCCUCGGGCAUCCUAGUCACGUCCACCCUCCUCCCCUCGACCUCCGCCAAUUCGAACAUCUCGAUCGUCACCGUCACGGCAAGUGGGAGUGUGGGAGCUGCGAGUCAGAGCGCGAGGCCGAGUAGUGCGGCAGGGAGGGUGGGCACGCGAGGGGGGUUGGCGGUCGUUGCGGCUGUGGCGGGUGUUUGGGUGCUGGCCUGA